AUGGCGCCCCGUAAGCUGACAUCGUUGAAGGCUUUGGUCGUGAAGCUGGGGGAAAUUCAAGCCGACCUGGACGAUAUUUGGAAAUUCGUUCAACGCUACGAUGAAGCCACCACUGCAACUGAUGUCAACAUGCGCUUAGAGAGGGUUGGUGAACUUUGGGAGAAGUACGGCGAGACGUUGGUGGAGAUCAAAUGCCACGACGACUACGACGAGGAUGAUGAGACCUUCAACAAGGAUCGUCUUAUCUACAGCGAUCGAUACUACCGCUCGAAGUCAUCCCUCACGGACAAGGCGAAGGAGCUACAGGGUCUACCAGAGCAGGACCAGUCAUCGCGUGCAAACGACUCGAUGGUGCAUGGGGUCCUCGACCAUGUACGGCUGCCGCAAAUCAAGCUGCAGUCAUUCAACGGUGAUAUCGACGAGUGGAUUAGUUUCCGUGACUUAUUCACAUCCUUGAUCCACUGGCGGACUGAUCUACCGGAGGUGGAAAAAUUUCAUUAUUUAAAGGGGUGUCUUCAGGGGGAACCAAAGGCUCUAAUCGAUCCACUAAAGAUAACGCAGGCUAAUUAUAAGAUCGCGUGGGAUGCGCUUACUAAGCGCUAUAACAAUAGUAAGCAGCUUAAGAAAAGGCAGGUUCAGUCGCUCUUUUGUCUUCCUUCGCUUUCUAAGGAGUCGGUUUCGGACUUGCACGUUCUUGUCGAAGGUUUCGAAAGAAUUGUGCAAACAUUAGACCAGGUUGUCGAGCCAGCGGAAUAUAAGCAUCUCCUGCUAGUGAAUCUUCUUACCAACCCGGUGACUCGCCGAGGUUGGGAGGAGUUUUCAUCCACGAAGGAGCAGGAUACUUUGGAGGAUCUGACGGAGUUUCUGCAGCGAAGAAUACGUGUUCUCGAGUCGCUUCCAACAAAGGCGGCUGAGUCCAGGGGUGCUCAACCGUUACAGCCACAAUCCCAGAGGCAGAAACAGUCUACAGCGAAGGCGAGUUACAGCACGGUACAGUCGUCGUCAGGAGCACGAUGCGUGGCAUGUAAGGAGAACCACUACCUCCAUCAAUGUAGUGUGUUUCAAAAGAAGUCGGUGGCUGACAGGGAUUCGCUACUAAGGACCCACUUCCUCUAUAGGAAUUGUUUCCGAGUGGGUCAUUUGUCCAAGUUCAAUUGCAAGAAUUGCAAGGGUCGUCACCACACUUUGGUGUGUUUCACGUCGGAGAAGGAUAGUUCUGCGAAGGUCGCAGCGGUUGCUAGGGGCAACCAUCCUUCAAUCCCAAAGGAGUCCUCCGGAGUUAACGAAGCUUCUGGUUCGGGUUCCUCUCAGGUGGUCAAUAUGGUGGCCACCGACAUUUCGGUUUCUGGUGCGACUCAACAAUAUUCUUCGCAAGUUUUGCUGGCAACUGCGGUCGUCGUAGUGGAAGAUGAUCAAGGUGGAAGGUUUCCUGCUCGCGCUCUAUUGGAUUCGGGCUCAGAGAGCAACUUCAUCACGGAGCGACUGAGUCAACGUAUGAAGACCCAACGAGAAAAGGUGGAUAUAUCGGUGCGCGGAAUCGGUCAAGCAGGAACCAAGGUCAAACACAAAAUACAAGCGGUGGUGCGGUCGCGAGUUUCUCCUUUCUCGCAAGCAAUGAACUUCCUCGUUCUUCCCAACGUAACGGUGAAUCUGCCAACUGCUACAAUGCGCACGGAUGGUUGGUCGAUACCCCCAGGAAUCAAACUGGCAGAUCCCGCUUUCUUCGAGUCCAGUAGAGUCGACUUGGUACUCGGUAUCGAAUCAUUUUUCGAUUUCUUCGAAACCGGUCAAAGAAUUAACCUAGGCAACCAAUUGCCGACGCUGAACGAAUCGGUUUUCGGAUGGGUGGUGUGUGGAGGUUUAUCCAAUUCUCAUCAGGAUCUGCACAUUACCUGCAACGCUUCCGCAACAGAGAAACUGGAAUCUCUAGUUGCCCGGUUCUGGUCUAGCGAAGAGGUUAGUUCGGUCAAGGUACUCUCACAGGAGGAAAAACGAUGUGAGGACCUAUUCCAAAAUACAGUCCAACGGAAUCCCGAUGGCAGGUACACGGUUACACUCCCAAAGGAGGAAGGCGCUAGUCAACGGUUGGGCGAAUCCAAGGACAUUGCGAUCCGGCGUCUUCAAGGUACGGAGCGACGGCUGGCAAGGAAUGCCAACCUGCACAAAAGCUACCACGAUUUCAUGGAGGAAUACGAGUCGAUGGGACACAUGGAGAAGGUCGAAGGGGCGGCCUUAACAACAAAACAGCGGUGCUUUUUACCGCACCAUCCCGUUUUCAAGGAGGACAGCACUACAACCAAGGUCAGGGUGGUGUUCGAUGCCUCCUGCUCAACAUCGUCCGGCGUAUCGCUCAACGACGUGCUGCUGACAGGUCCGUUGAUACAGGAUGAUCUCAGAUCAAUCAUCAUGCGAAGCCGUACCAAGCAAAUAAUGCUCGUUUCUGACGUCGAGAAGAUGUUUCGGCAAGUAUGGGUUAACCCGGAGGAUAGGGCUUUGCAGUGUAUACUGUGGCGCUCAGAUCCUCAAGACAACAUCAGCGUAUAUGAGCUCAAGACCGUUACGUACGGUACUAAACCAGCUCCAUACUUAGCCACAAGAACUCUCAAACAGCUAGCGGUGGAUGGAGAAAUGGCAUAUCCCCUCGGAUCACGUGCGGCGAGUGAAGACACCUAUAUGGAUGAUGUUAUCACGGGAGCAGACACGGUGGAAGAAACCUGUGAGUUGCGGAAACAGCUGAGUGAUAUGAUGGAAGAAGGCGGUUUUAGACUCAGGAAGUGGGCAUCCAACAGCCCCAAGGUCUUGGAGGGACUUCCUGAAGACAGUUUAGCGAUUCGAGCGGGGGACGGAAUCAAUUUGGACCCGGAUCCGUCCAUCAAAACCCUCGGGCUUAUCUGGAUGCCGAAGAGUGAUCAGCUGAAAUUCAGCUUCAACAUUCCUUCGGAGCGACCAAGUCAGCAGUACAGUAAAAGGGAGGUACUCUCGAUUAUAGCUACGCUAUUCGACCCUUUGGGGUUACUCGGAGCCGCAAUCACAUCUGCUAAAAUUGUGAUGCAGUUGCUAUGGAAAUAUAGGGACGACGACGAUCGUGCGCUGGACUGGGACCAGCCCAUACCUUCGACGGUGGGUGAGACGUGGAGGAAAUUAAUUGGCCAGCUUCCCCUGUUGAACAAAGUCAGAAUUGAUCGCUAUGUCAUCGUCCCCGCGGCAGUCUCCAUGGAACUUCAUUGCUUCUCGGAUGCCUCCGAGAAGGCAUAUGGUUGUUGCGUAUACAUAAAAAGUGUAGAUGCAGCAGGAAGGAUAAAAGUGCGCCUUCUGUCAUCGAAAUCACGGGUGGCGCCCUUGAAAUGCCAAACUAUUCCGCGUCUGGAACUGUGUGGCGCUGUUUUGUCGGCGGAACUCUUUAUAACGGUUCUGGAUUCAUUAAAAAUACCCACGCAGGUGAUUUUUUGGACGGACUCUACCUGUGUCCUGCGUUGGAUCAAAGCCUUACCGACAACCUGGACUACGUACGUGGCUAACCGAGUGUCAAAAAUCCAGACGCUCACAAAUCCAGAACAGUGGAGGCACGUUCCAGGAAUAGAAAAUCCGGCCGACCUUAUUUCGAGAGGCCUCAUGCCGCAAGAGAUCAUGCACAACGAUUUCUGGUGGCGUGGCCCGAGAUGGCUGGAGAAGCAACCCGAAAAUUGGCCAGAAUCUCCAGAGCUACCAAGCGGAGCUGAAGCGGAGAAGGAGAAGAGACAUACAGCUGUCGCAUGUAUGAACUCAUCUGUCGAGGAGUUCAACGAAUGGUACAUAGGUCGAUCCUCAUCGUACAUCGAGCUCGUUAGACGAACUGCCUAUUGGUUACGAUAUCUCAAUCUGUUGCGUACACCACGAGAUCAACGGAAUCCGCCGAAGUUCCUUACAACAGCGGAGCUGAAGGGAGCAGAAGUCAACCUGGUGAGGAGAGUUCAGAAGGAUUUUUUUGUGGAGGAAUGGAAGGCACUGUCAAAAGGAGACUCUGUUCCGAGAAGGUCGCCACUGCGUUGGUUCAACCCGUACAUAUCAGAGGAUCAGGUUAUUAGAGUAGGAGGACGACUAGCGCAUUCGAAAGAGACAGAGGAUACGAAGCACCCGAUGGUUUUACCAGCACGCCAUCAGCUGACAAGGCUGAUUCUACAUUAUUUCCACGAAAAACUACUGCAUGCGGGACCGCAGUUAUUAUUGGCUACUGUUCGAUUACGUUUCUGGCCGCUUGGAGGAAGAAGCGUGGUGCGAAACGUAAUACACCAAUGCAUGAAGUGCUUUCGGGCGAAGCCAUCAUCAAUCGAGCAGUUUAUGGGAGAGCUGCCAGCGCCACGUGUUACCGUAUCCCGACCGUUUUCCCAGACCGGAGUAGAUUAUUGUGGGCCAUUUUUAGUCCGGCCAGCACCCCGCCGCCCAGUGGUAAAAAUGUAUGUCGCUGUGUUCAUCUGUUUGUGUACCAAGGCGGUGCAUCUCGAACUUGUUUCGGACCUGACUACUGACAGGUUUAUCCAAGCCCUGCGCCGAUUCUCGGCCAGAAGAGGGAAAUGCAAAGAUUUGUAUUCCGACAACGGCACAAACUUCGUAGGAGCGCGGAACAAGUUGAAGGAAUUGGACGAGCUACUGAGAAUGAAAGAACAUCGUGAGGGUGUGGCGAGAUACUGCUCGGAACAAGGAACACGAUGGCAUUUUAAUCCACCGAGUGCUCCUCACUUCGGAGGCCUAUGGGAGGCCGCGGUGCGGUCUGCCAAAAUUCACCUGGUUAAGGUAGUAGGAGAAAACCCGUUAUCACCCGAGGAUUUUACCACGUUGCUCGUACUGAUAGAGGGUUGUUUAAAUUCAAGACCGUUGACGCCCAUGUCGGACGAUCCCAACGAUCUGGAGCCAUUAACACCGUCACAUUUUUUGAUUGGUUCAAGUCUGCAAAGCUUACCGGAUCCUGAUUUGGAAAAUGUCCAACUGAACCGACUGGAUCGCUUCCAAUUGAUGCAGAAGCUGCUCCAAGAUUUUUGGAAGAGGUGGCGGCGUGAAUACCUGUGCCAGCUUCAGGGGAGAAAUAAGCGAUGGAAACCACCGAUUAAGAUCGAUGUUGCAAUUGAAGCAAUUCCUGGGUGGGUGAGGAUGUUGGAUUAUUGCACCUUACAAACUUCAUCCCUGUUCAUCACCAAAAAUAAAUUCUAUCCACUGUACUCUGCUGUUGGAGCAAACAAUAGACCUCUGACCGUCCAGCCAGCCAGCCUGCGUAUAUCAAGGAAAGCGAAAGUGAUAUCGCCUCGGUUGUAA